AAAAAAUAAAGGAAUGGAUCAAAGUGGUGGAAUUGCGACUGGGCCGCGCGAUGUCCUUGGAGUUAGGAACGGUUCCGACAUUGGGUGUAAACCCUUAAAGAAUUUGAAUGGUAAAAUCUGUCAGAUGUGUGGCGAUACUGUUGGAUUAACAGCCACCGGUGAUGUUUUUGUUUCUUGCCAAGAAUGUUCCUUCCCACUUUGUCACCGUUGCUAUGAAUGUGAGUGCGAGAAUGGGAACCAAUCUUGCCCCCAGUGCAAGACCAGAUACAAUAGUCACAAAGAUAGUUCCCAUUUGGAGGGAGAUGAGGAUGAUGAUGAAGAUGAUGAUGAUGUUGAUGAUAUUGAGAAUGAGGUAAAUUAUGGAGAAGGAAACAUUAACAAAGCAGGGAUGCAAUGGGAAGAAGAUGCUGACCUCUCUUCUUCGUCGGGACAUGAUUCUCGGAUGCCAAACUCAAAUCUCCAUAUCACAAAUGGGCAGCCGCUAUCUGGCGAAAAACCGUAUGCUACUCCUGAUACAAAAUCUGUUCAAGCUACAUCUGGUCCUUUGGGUCCAUCCAAGGCUCACUCACUUUCCUACACCGAUUCAAAGCAGCCAGGUCUUGAGAGUGAUGAAGAGGUCAGAAGAGUGCCAGAGAUCGGAGGUGAAUCUGCUGGACCUUCAGCUUCCCGUCCAGGCGCCGGUCCAACUGGUGGGAAAGAACGUGGUCAGGGGACUGGGGAUGGUCAACGGAAGAGAGGCAGAAGCCCGGCAGACAAAGAAAACAAACGGCUAAAGAGGCUACUGAGGAACAGAGUGUCAGCUCAACAAGCAAGGGAGAGGAAAAAGGCAUAUUUGAUCGAUUUGGAAACCAGAGUCAAAGACUUGGAGAAGAAGAACUCAGAGCUCAAAGAGAGGCUUUCCACUCUGCAGAAUGAGAACCAAAUGCUAAGACAAAUAUUAAAGAAUACAACAGCUAGCAGGAGAGGGAGCAACAGUGGUACAAAUGCUGAAUAAACUUGAUAGCAAAUACAGCAGAGAGAGAUAAACAAGAGAAGUUAAUUCUAAUGAUUCUUUGUAAGGCACACCGAAGUACCAAAAUUACCAACUGAAUGUUUUGAUUUGUUUAACAAGUUUACUCAAAAGGGACAUUUCUGUUAGGAACAUGAGUUUCUAUUCUUUAGCCUUAACCCUGUCCUUAACCUCACGCAUAUAGUAAUGAAUUAAUGAUUAUAUGUUCAUUGUAUUUAGCAAAGCAUUAAAGUUCUAAAUAGAAAAAAAAAUAUUGCUUCAAUAAUAACAAUUUCUUACCUUAUUCAUCUUCUAAUCAGCAGUUAUUUUCACUAUUGCACCCAAGAGAGCUAAUCUCGUCUUUGUUAGAUGACUCUUCUAACAAAGACAUAAUGGUAAAAGAUCUCUUGGAUCCACGCAUCCGUUUACCAUUAAGUCAAAAAGAAACUCAAGUUAUAGUUCGUGUAGUAACACUGGCAUUGACAUGCUUGCGUUCUAAUCCAAAGUCAAGACCAUCAAUGCAGUGGCGCACAAACUCUCUACUUCUAAACAGUCACCGUCAUUGCCUUUCGCUGAGAUUACAGUUCAUCAAUUGAUAGCAUAAUUUUCAGAAAAAAUAGUGAAAAUAACUGCUGAUUAGAAGAUGAAUAAGGUAAGAAAUUGUUAUUAUUGAAGCAAUCUUUUCUUUUUCUAUUUAGAACUUUAAUGCUUUGCUAAAUACAAUGAACAUAUAAUCAUUAAUUCAUUACUAUAUACGUGAGGCUAAGGACAGGGUUUGAUACUGUGACAUGAUCGGUAAUUUUGGUACUUCAAUUGAUUUGUUGGAGGAUAAAACGCCUUCACAAGCACCAAUCGAAUAUGAAUCUAAUAAAAAAUAUAUUUUUCUUUAUUAUUUUAUGUUAUUGUAAGUUAUAACAUUUAAUUCUAUACCAAAAAAUUAUUAUAUCUAAUUUUCGGUUA